AUGUAUGUCGUCAAUUUAGGGGUGGUGGCAAUGGUGAGAAGAACCUCCAGAAGUGUUAGGAAGUACACAUCGACUCACAAUUCACCAAAGAGCAAUCUUCACCGGCCCCAGCCGCGGCCCACCAGGACCAUCGUGACCCGCAGCCAGUGCCCCACCGGCGGAUGCUUCUUCCACAGGCUCCCCUCAGAGGUGUACCACAUGAUCCUGGAUAAACUGUCCGUGCUGGAGAUCAGUAUGUUCAGCAUGGUGUCCAAGGAGGUCACUAGAUCUGUUGUGGAGUACAUCUCCACCCUGGCCUGGAGGAAUAACAAGAUCAUUCAAAGCUUUCACCCCUCAACUUUCCCUGAACAGACAUCCACUAUUGGACACUACAGAAACCUGGGUUUGUUGUUCAAGAGAUGUACCCUGUUGCAACCAACAAAGGACAGGUUAAAGUUUAUCUUUAGCGAGUUUUCACAGAUCCCCUGCUUCAUGUUGGAGCAGUGCUUGAAACCAGACUGCACUGGCUUCAUCAGCUACGGAGUCUUCCUCCAGACACUGAUCGCUGGGUGGGAUGAGCUGGAGUGUCACAGAGUGUUCAACUUUGUGUGUGACCUCACACAUCUGCUGCAAAAAAUAGAGAUAGUCGUCACUGGAAAGCCAGGUGUGAGGUGGUACCAAAAGCUGCAGCUCCGUCUCUUCUGCCGUCAGGUUCUGUUGGACCCGUGGUCCAACGAGGCCGAAAGUCAGUUCUGGCUGAUGCAACUCCUGAAGCCUUGGCCCCUGGUCAGCCAGGCACACCUACUGUUAACCCUCUAUGGACCUCUGGGCACCAUGGGGUGGCAGGAUCUGGUGGAGAAGGGUCUGCCUCACAACGCUCUGUGGGAUCUCGCCCGAGCCAUCCUGCUGCUUUUCAGCAAACUAGAAGUGAAAGGCCAGAAUUCCAAUUCACUGGUGGCAAUAUUCAAGGAACUCAUUGUCAUUCCUCAGCCGUGGCAUGUGGAGAACGUGGCGCGUCUGUUGGUGCUGUGUGGCAGCAGUCUCUGCUACACUGUGCUAGCCAGCAAGGCGGUCAAUGGACGACUUCUGGAGAUCUCCAGACUCCUUGUGUACAUCAUACUGGUGUGUGAGAAGGAUGGCUAUCACAUGUCCUGGGCGGUGAAAAUGGUGCAGAACCUCUGCAAGGUCUUCAGCACGCCACCGGAACGGUUCUGCUUCAUUCAACAACUGGAGAACAUGUUUUCAGAUGUCACCAGAGAGUUUUUCGAGUUUUCUGUAACAGGAAACCGCCCUGAGGACAGGGAGACUUUCCAGAGCCUGAGCAUCCUCCUGGACUCCUGCGCUCGCUUCCACACUAAAUUCCUCCACAUCUUCCUGAAAUAGGAGCGGCGCAAAUUUAAAGUGACAGGAAAAUGAGUGUGGGAACGAAAAAAUGUCAAUAAUGAAAAGGGUUGACUAUAGAAGUGAACAAAAGAGGGAGAUGAACCUUUUUGACAUUAGAAAGACUUGAAUGUGGAAGCCUACUGUUUGGAUAUCUAGGGGGAAUUCUGUUGACAGUUCUCUGUACGCUGUAAACCCUGCAUUUCUUGGUUGAAAAUACAGCUGUUUAAAUUGUUAUGACCUAUAAGCAAUUAGUUUUUUACAAGUUUUAUAUUCCUUCGUAAGUUUUAAAAUCUUGUUCUUUGGAAACAUAUUGCAUGUUAAUGUUCAAAAACUAUUUAAUAUGUAUUUAUUAUAGUAACAUUAUUUAUUAAAAUGUUUAUUUAUUCACGUUGAACCUUUCUGUAAAUAUAACUGUAAUACAAUGAUUUUUGCAUAAUUUAUGAAACUGGUAUUUUACAUUUUUAUUUGUCAUUUUUGUUUUCUUUUAAAGGCAGUAUUUUAUGGCUAUCUUAAAAAAAAAAACUGAAACCUAGCACACAUUUAGCAAAUAACCUUUUUUAACCUCCAAGUAGUACAAUAUGUUUAGCACAGACUGCAUACAAAAUCAGUUAAUGAAAUCGGUUUGAUUAUGUCAUGGAAUAAAAAAAGCAAAGUUUAAAAUAAAAAUGUUACUGUAUACAAAAAAAAAAAGUAGAUUAUCGGGACUGCACCUAUAUAAAGGUUACUAAACACGGGCGGUGGCGCUUGAUUUUGCGUCAUAUACAAAUGCAUCUUUUUACAGGAAUUUGUUUUCCAAGAAACAGGAUGUCAAAGUCAUAGCAUGCACAGGAAG